AUCUGUAAGUAUCGAUAUGCCAUCCGUCAUGUAGGAUAGUCAAUAGGAAGGUCACCCAUCGAUGGAUGCGCAGACGAAUGGAUGGAUACGAUAAUUACGGAAAAAAUUGAUGUUUGCUACUUGAGAUUGUUAUCGGCAUUCGCAACAAUCUCCAAAAUUCAACGACACUGUCACUCAGCAAUCAACUUUUAAGAAAGCAAACGAAAUGAAAUUCUGAAUUGUCCAAUAGCAUCAGUAGUUACGACAGCAUUAUCCAAAUUCCGGAAAACAAAAGCGUCCUGUGCCAUUAUCGAAAUUACACAGCUGUACUAGAUCAUUUUCACCAUUGAACGUUAUAGCUAACCAUUUAUUAUUUUUUCUUCUUUUUACCAACCUUAGCUUGAUAUAAAAAAUGGGUCGCGUCAUUCGUGCUCAGAGAAAGUCUGGAGGAAUCUUCAAGUCCCACACCACUCACCGUAAGGGUGCCGCCAAAUUGAGAUCCCUCGACUAUGCCGAACGCAACGGUUACGUUCGUGGUAUCGUCAAGGAAAUCAUCCACGACCCCGGUCGUGGUGCUCCCCUCGCCAAGGUUGUUUUCCGUGACCAAUACAAGUACCGUCUCCGUACCCAAAUCUUCAUUGCCACUGAAGGUAUGUACACCGGUCAGUUCAUCUACUGCGGAAAGAAGGCUUCCCUCUCCGUUGGCAACGUCCUUCCCGUCGGCUCCAUGCCCGAAGGUACCAUCAUCUGCAACGUUGAGGAGAGAGAUGGUGACCGUGGUGCGCUUGCCCGUACCUCUGGUAACUAUGCCACCGUCAUCGGUCACGGUGACGACGGUAAGACCCGUAUCAAGCUUCCCUCUGGUUCCAAGAAGGUCGUUUCCUCCGGUGCCCGUGCUGCCAUCGGUAUUGUCGCUGGUGGUGGUCGUAUUGACAAGCCUUUGCUCAAGGCUGGUCGUGCUUUCCACAAGUACAAGGCUAAGCGUAACAGCUGGCCCAGAACCCGUGGUGUUGCCAUGAACCCCGUUGACCAUCCUCACGGUGGUGGUAACCACCAACAUAUUGGUAAGGCUUCCACUAUUCCUCGCGAUGCUUCCGCUGGUCAAAAGGUUGGUUUGAUUGCCGCCAGAAGGUUAGUAUCAUUUUUUCUGCAUCUUCUGUCAAAUCCAUAUUACAUUUAUUGAUUUCAUUUUCCUCUUUCAGAACCGGUUUGUUGCGCGGUAGCAAGAAGCUCAAGGAGUAAAUUGAGCGACAUGAUUACCAUAAUAGCCACGAAUAAAAAUUUUCUUUACACGCAUAUUGUAUCGAUCAU